AAUUAAUAAACUAUAAAUAGAAAAGAAACAUGUUAAUUGCAAUUGUUCAAAACCUGUGUGGUUUACUAUGUUUAGCUAUGGGCUCAGGGCAAUGUAACCAAAACCAAGUGGAAAAUCCCUCUCCUAUCUCCAGCACUUCAGAACACAACAAGAGGGGUUUUGUUUUGUUUGUUUGUUUUUUAAUCAAGGAAUACUAGAAUUUUCAUUAACAAAAAAUCAGGAAGCAUAAACAUAAAGCUGCAUAUGGAGUAGCAUGUUUGCAUUUCACAAAUAGGAAUAUAAUCCAAAUAGAAAUGUUCUUGCCAAAAAAAAAAGCCAUAAUGCAAUUGCCCCAAUGAAUCAAGACAAUAUACUUCAUAUUAAUAGUUCAAUGUAUGGUAAAAUAAGCAUUAACCUCACACUACUACAUUAUAAUAUUCUUUUGGGUUUAUGGGUAUAGCACAAAUUUGGUAUUAUUUAUCUUGUAAUACAUUUCUAAUACAGCAUUACUGGGGAAAGUCUACUAUUGCUACUGGACAUUAGAUAACCAACGAUAUUAGGCUAGAAAUUAUGCACUCCCGUCGUUAGUUGGCCUAAACUCGAUUAGAAAGAGGUCUCCACGAGAGAUUUAAUUCUCAGGGUGGGCAAAAAAAACAAAGAAAAUGAUUAAACAGUGAAUAUCUUUGUUUAUGUAUUUUUCAACAUAUGAAUACUAACAAAGUAGGCCUACAUUCUGAGCGUUUUGAACAUACCACAAAGAAAUUACACUCUACCCCGGCAUACGUGAUUUGCCUCACCGUGGUCCUCUUGGUCACUUUUGUUUGCUCACACAUCUACACUUGUGUGAUCUUUGAUUUAUUUUUUGUAUCCGCUACUGAUAUUGAACAACAUUUCCGUGCAAAAGUUUGCGCACUACAUUGAUCGAUUUAAAAGAACGACCCUCUUUUUCUUAUAAAUAACAAACACGCUCCACUUUCCACUUCUGCGCGUGGGCCGUCUGACACUCGCACUACAGGGCUUCCCCUCGUGUUUACGGGACGCUGGCGCUCCACUGUGACAGAUGCUCCUCUUCAAAAAGUUUCAGCGUGAGUUCCGGUGACGCCCCGCCCAUCCCAGGGAAAGUUAUUUAGUCUGACAGAAUGCGAGAUGAACAUAGAUGGGGAGCGCAUGUCGUCCGGUAACGGGAAACUCCGUCAGUGGUUGAUCGAACAGGUGGAUACAGGCAAAUACCCAGGGCUCGUGUGGGAGAAUGAUGAAAAGAGCAUCUUCCGCAUCCCCUGGAAGCACGCGGGCAAGCAGGACUACAAUCGAGAUGAAGAUGCUGCACUCUUUAAGGCCUGGGCUCUUUUCAAGGGCAAGUACCGGGAAGGCAUUGACAAACCGGACCCACCCACGUGGAAGACGCGCCUCCGUUGCGCGCUCAACAAGAGUACCGACUUCGAGGAGAUUGUAGAGCGGAGCCAGUUAGACAUCUCCGAUCCAUAUAAAGUUUACCGCAUCAUACCGGAGGAUGCGAAGAAAGGUUCCAGACCUCUAGUGGAAACAGCGGCUCACUUAGCAUCCCCACAUUAUCAACUGCACUCCACAUACACUCCCCCUCAGAAUCAGGUGUGUAGCUACCCAGAGUAUGGAUGGAGGGGCUAUCAGGCUGAUGAACCCCCCCACCCAGACUACAACACCCCUUACAGCCCUACACACAUGGCCUGGGAAAAUGGUUACCAGAUCAGUGGUUCAUUCUUCAGCUGCAAUCCCUCUGAAGUUCCUGCCACACCCUUUGGCUUUCCCCAGCCUGGCUUCAGAACAGCAGAUGGCAUAUCAGACCAGCGACUGUUGGUGUGUGUGUUCUAUGGCGGGGCCCUGGUUUCAGAAGUGACUGUGCUGAGACCCGAAGGAUGUGUCCUAACGCCACACGGACAUGCUUUCCAGCCAACCAGUGGCCCAGAGGAGGUGCCUCUCCCACAGAAGGCGGGACUUGAAGGCGGUGUCCACCUAUGGGUGGGGUCUGGUGGGCUGUAUGCCCGCCCCUUUGGUUCUGGCAAAGUCUUCUGGGAAGGGGGCCACACUCCUCACAGAGAAAAGCCCAACAAACUGGAGAGAGAUCAGGCCAACAAACUAAUGGACUUGCACACCUUACUCACAGAGCUGCAGAGUUUCUCUCUGCAUUCUCAUCCUCCGCCUCGUCUCCAAGUUCUCUUGUCCUUUGGAGACGACAUUGAUGCUGAAAUACAAAGGAGGACUCUCACAGUGCAGGUGGAGCCUCUGUUUGCCAGACAGCUCUUCUACCUCAGUCAGUCCGGAAGUAACUACCUCAGGAGUCACGACUUUCACUCACACACACACUCUCACAGCCUCGCACUGACACAAAAUGAGCUCUCCCCACCCAGCUCACAGGACUAUGCCAGAAUUGUCACCCAUCCACAUGGAAGCUCCUUACCAGAGUGACCCCCCCCCCCCCACCCCAACACCCUGUGUGUGAGAGAGUGUGUGUGUUUUCAAAAUGGAGCUGCACGGCUUUGUAUAUGUUAGAGAGAGACAUGAAUAUGUGUGUGUGUGUGUGUGUGUGUGUGUGUGUGUGUGUUUGUGUGAGCAGUUCAGUUUGAACACCUGAAACCCAGAGGAUAAACCACUGAAUGAAUGUCCUUGGCAAUAAUUCCAUGGUGUGUGGGGAGGCAAGGUGUGUAAGACAUGGCAACCCAAAGAAUGUCAGUGUUUGUCAGUGAGACAUGUUUAAGAUGUGUUGCUCUCUAUAAGCAAGAGAACAAUUACAUCCAGAUUUAAUAUAAGCUGAAUAUUUGUCCUUAAUGACACCACUAACCCUUUAUGUUAAUCUAAAUAAGCCCAAAACCACAACUAAAGUGUUUUAUUAGUCAGGCCAUCCUAAGAAUUGAACAGUUCCAUUGGAGAGUUGUGUAUGUUGAUGUGUGGAUGCUGUGGAUGUGUAUUCUUGUACAUGUGUUACAUCAUGAAGGUGAAUUGAAAUUAUAUUUGACUUGAAUUCACAUUGGCAUUGUUAUUGAUACUGUAUGUUAUACUGUUUGGUACUGAUAUGUUAUACUGGUUAUUUCAUGAGUUUGGUCUGUAUUGGUGUUUUCUCCAUGCUGGUUAUAUACUAAACCAACUGAGUGUCUGUA